CUGACCAUUCAUGAAAGAACGAAGUUGCUACUUGAGGGUCUGGCAAGUUUCUUCAACUGGCCUUUAGUAUUCUUCUAAAUUUUUCCAAAAAUAAAAGAGAAAAACACUUUUUCAAGCUGAUUACUCUUACACUUAAUUUAUUUUUAGACAACCUCAAUUCAUCGUGUACGCAUCACCACUUCUACUAUAAUAGUGGAGGGCGUUUCGGACUUUCUUCGAAUUCAUUUCAAUUUAAUAGAAAAAAUUACUUUGCAUUAUUAAAGAAAGGUAAUAGAAACAUCAAAGUUCGUUGAUUCUCUCUUUUAUUGACUUUUCAAAAACAACGUUUGGUUUUAACAGUUAAAAUGGAGCGCGCCGAAAAUGCUAGAAUUAUUCAAAAGCCUAUGACAAGAAGAACCGUUGACUACGGCUCUAAUCUUUCCCAGUAUGUUGUCAACAGGUAUCUUCGAAGCAACAUCUAUCACGUUCACGUCCCCAGGCCCAAUCCCAACCAUAUUCUUAAUUUAUAUCCUCCAUAUGAAUAUGAAUACAAUUACUCUAACUCUCUUUGUACAAAGUAUAUUCAUACGUCUGCGAAUAAAGCACGGCAUGUAAUUAAUGUUGUGAGGUGGACACCGGAUGGCAGAAGACUUUUGACUGGUUCUUCCACAGGAGAAUUCACCUUGUGGAAUGGUCUCACAUUUAAUUUUGAGCUCAUCAACCAAAGUCAUGAUUAUGCAGUUCGAUGCGCUGAAUGGAGCUCAGAUGGCCGUUGGCUCAUUUCUGGUGACGGAGGCGGUAUCAUCAAGUACUUUGAACCAAAUUUGAAUAAUGUCAAGAUUCUUCAAGCUCAUGAAAUGGAAAUUCGAGAUGUAGCUUUCUCACCGAAUGAUAGCAAAUUUGUUACUGCUAGUGAUGAUGGUUCUCUGAAAAUUUGGAACUUUCAGAUGAGCACUGAAGAACAAAAACUGACCGGGCAUGGUUGGGAUGUCAAAACAGUAGACUGGCAUCCUUCUAAGGGCCUUUUGGCUUCUGGUUCCAAAGACAACUUAGUAAAAUUUUGGGAUCCUCGUACUGCUUCCUGUCUUGCUACAUUACAUGGACAUAAAAACACGAUCAUGCAGGCAAGCUUUCAAAACGGCUUUGGAAACAAUUAUCUUGCUACUGUUUCAAGAGAUAGCACUUGUCGAAUUUUUGAUUUACGAGUAAUGAAAGAUAUCCGAGUUUUGCGUGGCCAUGAAAAAGAUAUUAAUUGUAUUACAUGGCAUCCUGUCCAUAGUAACCUACUUACUACUGGGGGCUCUGAUGGAAGCGUCAACCAUUAUAGCUUAGACGAGCCUCCCGUUUAUUCCCAACAAAAAUAUCACGAUAAACACCCUAACACCACACUUUCAUCUUCUUCUCAUUUGUUGUACCCUACUGCUGAAAUUCCUUAUGCUCACGAGCUCGGUAUAUGGAGUAUGCAAUAUCACCCGCUAGGUCAUUUACUUUGUACUGGAUCCAAUGAUAAGACUACACGAUUUUGGUCAAGGUCUCGGCCAGAUGAUGAAGAGUCGUUCUUGGACCGCCAUCAUUUGGGCGAGGAACAAUCCGAAGCUGUAAUCGGAAAGAGACGUGCCGUUGCUGAAGAAGAAGAUGCCUACGAGCCUGAUGAAACUUCACCAGUGGAGAGUUUGUCGAACACCAACAAACCAUAUUCUCCUAUGCCUACGUUGCCAGGUUUAGGGAACGCAUCUGGAUUUGCUCCUUCAGUGGCCGCUGCCGCAUCUUCAGCGAAUCCGCAAAUUCCUGGAAUGAUGCAUGCUUCUGCUCAUGAUUACGGAAAUCCCACUCCAUCUUCUGCCUCAUUUAUUCCUGGAAUAGGCUCUCGCCCUCAGGAUCCUUAUUCACAGUCCUAUCGUUAAACCCUACUAUCUUCUGAGAAUCUACAAAGAAAAGUCGCUACUCUUAAGCUAAUGGUUUUACAUCAGGAAACGUCUUUCCUAAAUCCCUUUACUUUCUCUCCGACUCGGAAUGAAUGUGAAACGAUCAUUUUUUUUUUCACUAGAAUCAACGCUUUCCUUUUUGUGCUUUUUUUGCUUUUCAUAGUACUUUUGUUGUUUAACGCAGAAUAACGCGGAAUACAGAAACUGCCCUAGUAAGA